AACCACCAGUAUUCAGUCAUUCACCACAGCCUCUCUCUCUCUCUCUCUCUCUCUCUCUCUCUCUCCGUAGAUUGCAAGGGGCUUGCACCAGUUAAGUUUUCUUCAAUGGCUUUUUCUGCAUUUAGCAUUCUUUCAUCUUCUCUAGUGCUCCUUCACCUCCUCAGCUUAUCGGAAGCUAGAAAUUUCGUGGUGGGAGGCAAUCCAAGAGCUUGGACGCAGAUCUCCGAGACCCAGUCACAAUCUCUCAACAAGUGGGCUGAAACUAAUCGCUUUCACAUCGGUGACACUCUGGAGUGGAGCAAAAAUGAUUCAGUUGUGCAAGUAAGCCACAAGGAUUACAUCGGCUGCAACACUUCCAGCCCGAUUGCAGACUACAAGGAUGGCAACACCACAGUGAAGCUCGACCAUUCAGGACCCUACUUCUUCAUCGGUGCAACCCAACAGCUCUGCAAGAAUGGCCAGAAGCUGAUUGUGGUGGUAAUGUCGGAAAGACACGGGAGUUACACUGGCCUUUCUCCCGCAGCUUCUCCACUGGCAGAGCCUCAAGCCCCAGCAGUCGCACCCACCAGCGGAGCUGCAAGCUUCCGCAGUGGUGUGGUGGUGGCUUUAAUGGGGAUUUUGGCUUGGGGCUUUCUUUGAUGUGGGCUUUAAGGGGGUUUUUGGCUUGGCUCUGGGUUUUCUUUUGGGGUUUGAUUUUUUCAUUUGAUUAUGUUGAUGUUUUUAUGGGAUAUUUGAGCAAAUGGGGGAAAUCUGGAUUUUCCUUCUAGGGAGGGAGUGUUAUGUUUUGGGGUUUAUAUGUUGGAUGUUAAUGGCUUACAGUAAAUACAUUUCUUCAUUCAUUAA